AAGGGAAACAAAUGUUUCCAGGCAAGCCAAAAGGCAGAGUAUGAGAUUUACUUUUCCAGUGCUCACCAAAAGUGACUAUAAUUUGGCUGGAGUGAUUCUCCUGAAUUCAAAAAGAAGGCAUGAUCUGGUGCCUGGCUACAUCCACAAUCUUUAGAGCACUUCUUUACCAAAGAAGAAUUUAAAUUAUACUGGUCCUGAGCUAGAAACUUCUUUGCUACUAAGAAAACUUUUUUGAGAAAUAACCUUCUUGAUUCCAGAUACCUGGGGAACAGCACAUUUGAAGAUAGUUGACAAAAAAAAAAAUAUUGCAAUCAGAAAGCCACACACCAUUCAGGCAGAAUCUGGUUGGAGAGGGAAGCUGUUCCCAUGAUUAGUGAGCUUCCCCAGCUAGCCUGUAGGUGGGUGUGUUUAACAGAAGGAAGCAAUGGGAACCCGCCUGUCAGCCAGCCUUUAGAGCUAAUUAGCUCAGCAUACAACAAAGAUAAGUGAGCCUGGGAGGAGGGCCCCCUGAGGGGUCUUUAGAUUCUGGGAAAUGUCUGAUUGGCAGAUGUUAAAAGAGAUUCUUUGGUAAUCCUGUGCAUCAAUGAGCUGCACAAAUUCAGACCAGGACUGCAAGAAUUCAGGCAUGAGGACACUGUGCAGCAGGCUCGCACAGGCAGACCCAAGAUGGACAGAACAUUGGAAUCCCUGAGACACAUCAUUGCCCAAGUCUUGCCUCAUAGAGACCCGUCUCUUGUCUUCAAAGACUUGAACGUUGUGUCAAUGUUACAGGAAUUUUGGGAAAGCAAGCAGCAACAGAGGGCUGCGUUCCCAAGUGAAGGUGUGGUGGUCUAUGAGUCGCUGCCAUCUCCUGGACCACCCUUUGUGAGUUAUGUGACCCUCCCAGGGGGAAGCUGUUUUGGCAACUUUCAGUGCUGCUUAAGUAGAGCUGAGGCCAGACGGGAUGCAGCUAAAGUGGCCCUAAUCAACUCCCUCUUCAAUGAGCUGCCCUCUCGCAGGAUCACCAAGGAAUUCAUUAUGGAGAGUGUGCAGGAAGCGGUUGCCUCCACCAGUGGCACUCUGGAUGAUGCAGAUGACCCCAGCACCAGCAUCGGAGCCUAUCACUACAUGCUGGAGUCUAACAUGGGGAAGACUAUGCUGGAAUUUCAGGAGCUGAUGACCAUUUUCCAACUGUUGCACUGGAAUGGAAGCCUAAAAGCCCUUCGUGAAACAAAAUGUUCCCGACAGGAAGUCAUCUCCUACUAUUCCCAGUAUUCUCUAGAUGAAAAGAUGCGCAGCCACAUGGCCCUGGACUGGAUCAUGAAGGAGCGGGAGUCACCAGGAAUUCUCUCCCAAGAGCUACGAAUGGCCCUGAGGGAAUUGGAGGAAGCCAGGAAAGCAGGACAAGAACUACGGUUUUACAAAGAAAAGAAAGAAAUCCUGAGUUUAGCUUUGACUCAGAUCUACAGUGAUCCUGACACUUCCUCACCCAGUGAUGAUCAGCUGAGCCUUACGGCCCUUUGUGGCUAUCACUAGCAAGGCCAGGUCCCAGCUGCCCCCUUGGGGGCAGAAGCCAGACUCUAACAUUAGGAAGCUCAUUGAAGGAGGUCAUCAGAGGCUUUAGCACCUAUAGCUGCUACCUGAAAGCUGUACUAAUUCUCCCUACCCACCUACUCCAUUCACAGAAUCUCAGAGUAAUAGGACCCUUACAGGAGACUUCAUCCCAUUCAAUGCAGUUUUCCCAUAACACCCUCAGUAGUUCCACCCCAGACUGAAUGGAUAGAGACAGGAUUGUUUGAAAAAUAUUUUCCAGGACUGCCUUCAACUUUAAGGCUGGUUGACAUGGGCCUUGCUAGAUUAUAUACAUUGUUUCAAAGAAUGGGUCAAUGUAGUCUUUCCCCAAAAGAACAUCAGCCAGGACUGGGGAAAGUAGCACCACAGCAAUUUUUUUAAAAUACUUGAGAUUAAAUAACCAAUAUGGAUAUUUAAAAAAUAUAUAUAUAUCCAAAGAUCAGAAUUUCUUCCUAAGCUCUCUGUAAGAUUGCUGACACACUACCAGCUGUAAUCCAGUUCUUCUGUGGGGAUUUUACCUGUACCUCCUAUCAAAGAUCUUGAAGUGGUAAUAGUAUGAAAAUGCCAUAUAAAUUUAAUGUGGUUUAAAAUGUCA